AUGCCGCUAGUGGAAGUGUUCGCUGUUCGUGUUCAGAGCACGGACGGAGGGGAGGCUGGACAGGGAGAGGACGAGGCAUCAGAGGACGAUAACACGGAGAGCGGACACAGUCGACGCCAACGCGACAUGGAGAUGACAACCCGCAAUUUGCACCUCAACUCCAAAGUUGACACUUGCGAUGGAGUGAUCAACAGAAACGGCGGUGACAUGACUGAGAUAUCUGGCUCCCGCUAUGCCUUUAUCAUCAACUGCUCCAUCAGCAUGUCCACUGGGUGUCUUCUGAUUCUCAUCGUAGCCUUCCAUUAUAAGGACAUCAGGCUCUUCAUCAUUGACCACAACCAGGUGGACUGGCGCAUCGCCAUGACAAGCCGCAGGGUGCUGGGCAUCUCCCUGGAGCUGCUGGUCUGUGCCAUCCAUCCCGUGGGCACCUACUGGGAGGUGGGUGUCCCUGCGCCCAUCGCCAGGGAGGGGGUAGAGGUCAACUCCUCCAACUCGGCGCCGCUGUGUGUGUCCUCCCGCCACGGGGAGGCACUGUUGGACACAGAGCUGCUACUGUCGGCGUUGAUGUUCCUCAGGCUGUACCUGGUCCACAGGACGAUUCUACUGCACAGCAAGGUGCUGCUCAGUGCCUCCUAUAGGAGUAUCGGCUCGCUCAACAACAUCAACUUCACGUUCCGCUUCGUGCUCAAGGUGCUGAUGAACAAGUACCCGGCGCGCACGCUAAUGGUGUUCAUCUUCUUGUUCUGGCUCAUCGCUUCCUGGAUGCUCACACUUUGUGAGAGGCAGAUACAGGAGGAGACUGGUCGUAUGGACACGGCUCUCUGGCUCAUUGCCAUCACCUUCCUCACUGUGGGAUACGGGGACGUGUCCCCCAAAACCAGCUGUGGAAAAGUGGUGUGCCUCUUCACCGGAGUCAUGGGUGUGGCCUGUACCGCCAUGCUGGUGGCCGUCAUGACCAAGAAGCUGGCGCUGAACAAAGGAGAGAAACACGUGCACUUCUUCAUGAUGGACAUCCAGAUCUCCAAACGGAUCCGCCAUGCUGCUGCCAAUGUGCUGAGGGAGUGUUGGCUGCUGCACCGCACCAACCUGACCAGGGGAAACAGUGGAGAGCACCGCAGACACCAGAGGUGCCUACUGGAGGCCAUCAGAGUAUUCCGGCACCUGCGACUUAAACAAAGGAAGCUGAGAGAUUACGCCAGUGAGAUGGUCGACCUGCCCAAGAUGCAGAUGAUCAUGUGCGACUUGAGUGCCAACUGGAAUAACUCGUACCGGGAGCUGGAGCAGCGCAUCAUCUCCAUGGAGCAGAAGUUAGACGAGCUGGGCCACUGCUUCCAACAGACCUCUGAGCUGCUGGCACAGGCCCUGCGCUACCGCAACCCUGAAAUCAGGUACAGCUAA